AUGCGAGGCAUAAACAAUGAUCAAAACAUAGAGCCACAUACGAAAAUGUCCGAAGAUUUUCACGAUGGAAAUAAUUCAAAUUUGUCGAAAAAUUUGAGGUCCGUUAAUUUUCUCAAUAAUAUAAAAACUGUUAGAGGAGAUAACGACGGAGAUCUAAAUGUAGUUGAUCAUCUCUAUGCCACUAACGUCGAAAAUGGCGAAAUUCGCGGCGAAAUAAACCAAGAAAGUCCGCCAUUCAGCUGUCAAACAGCCGAUAGUGAGGUUAAGUUCAUCAAGGAAUGGUUGAUAUUGCAUACUGAUCUAAUUCAACAACAAAACGAUGAUAUUAUCGAUAAAGAUAGAGAAAUAUAUAUUUUACGGAAAGAAAAUCAAAUGCUCAAAGAGCGUAUCCUUUGUAUAGAGAACGGCAUUUCUCAGCAGAACGACAGACCCUCCGACCAAAAGGCUCCAGAAGCAGUGAUCUUGGAAGAUAUGACCCAAGGUCAUAUACAGAUCUUUGAGGAACAGUACAACAGUGAUAACAACACUUCUUGUUCAUUAGAUAUACUGGACUUUCAAGAAAACCACGUUAACCUGUGUGAUAGUGAAUCUCAAAUUGUUGAAAAUACAACCACUUUCCCUACUGAAAUUGAAGACAGUGUCAUUGAAGUUAAAAACGAAGAACUAAUCAUAAAUGAUAUCAUUAAUGAUAUAAACAUUGAUGAUACUUGUUUCAAAACAGAGAGUGAUUUUUUAAAUUGUGGCAGUUCGGUUGAGCAGUAUAACUUUACAAUAAACAAUAUUAGUGACUUUGAUUCAAUGAAAAACUUGAGGAUGAGUAUUAGGAGAAAAAGGGUGACCAGCAGUUCCAGUGGGCUCUCCCAUAAUGAAGCUGUGAAUCAUGAAGAAAAAGAGACUAGUAGCAGGUCUAAAAAGAAAAAGAGACGUCCCACUAAAGAUGACCAGAUUCUAACCUCAUCAGAACCUUAUGUAACUCAAGCUCAUGAAGUAAAUUUUGGUAUUCCUCUUCCAGAGCCAGAAAAUCCUGAAUGUACUGCUACAAUUACCUUAGAAGUUCCCAGAUGGAGACACAAAAUAUAUGCUAGCAGUUAUACGUUAGAAGGAACAGAAAAUUUAGAUGAUGAAGUUUUCAAUAAACGGCAUAUGAGACUGGAAAAUGAUGAAAGAAGAAGGAAAAGGUGGGAUGUUCAGAGGAUUCGGGAACAACGGGUGAUAGAAAAAUUGAAGCAGCGACAGGAGAAGAUAGGGCUUGGAUCCAAAAAUGAAGAAAGUGAAUCUCUCCAGUCACUGUGGCCAAAAGUCGAUGAUAUAAAAUAUUUAGAGAUUACUGAAGAGUUACCUGUUUCAGCUUUUGGCCAUUCUAUUCCAAAAAUCAACCCACGUGAGUUUGAACUGCCAUGGCUGGUAGAUCCAUCAGUUUUAACCAGGAAAUCACUUACAAGGAAAUCUGGUGUGAAAAGAAGAAGUUCCAAAAGAUAA